CCACCUUACCAUCCUACAUCUCAUCAAUAUACGUGUAAUUAAUAAACGCAUAAAGAAUUUGACCUCAUUCAUCAAGCGUCAGACAAAACAGCCGGUUAUAAUAUGAAUACUUCUCUCCACACCUCUUAACCUAACCCCAUCGAGGGCGGGCAUGCGGGGCGGCGGAAUGAAUAAUUGAGAUCGUCACACGCAUGCGCCGCCUCAGUGCCGAUUAUUCGAUGCCACAACACCCCGCGUACAGUGGUAAAGAUUUGAGACAAAAUAUGCGCGAUCUGUGAAUCGAAAAAUGCAGUCCGGUUCGGAGAGCACCGCGGCUUCCGACGAGCCGAGCUUCGGGAGCGACGACUCGGACAGCGAGCAGCUGGAGGCAGAGGCGGCGGCCCUGACGGAGGAGUGGGCCCGCGACCUGCUGACCGGCGCCGGGGUCGCUGACCACCAGGAGAUCCGAGUGGAGACCCGAGCUGAAGUGGCUGGGACUCUAAGCAGAGUGCUCGCAGUGACUGUCCGUUACGAGCGGUCAGGGGAGAGGAAAGCUCUACCGUUAGUGGUGAAAUUGCCCCCGCACGACCCCUUCGGGCGACUGUUCGUGGCGGAAGCCCAGUUCGACACGCGAGAGAUACUGUUCUACACGGAGUUGGCGCCGGUGCUGAACCGACUGGCCGAGACCCUGGGACCGGGGGAAACUCUACCGGUCCCCAAAUGUGUGAAAGCAAAGCUGCCAGAUGAAAUCGGAGACAGCGAGCUGGUGCUAGAAGACGUGACGGCGGUGGGCUACCAGUCCGCCGACUUUGCCGAGGGUCUGACCGUGGAGCGAGCGCGCGCGGCACUGUUCGCCGCGGCGAGGCUGCACGCCCUAUCUCUGGCCCUUCGAGAUAAGGAGGGACCCCUCGAUCAGAGAUUCGACUUUCUCUUCCCGUGCGAGAGAGCGGCGGCGGGCUACCUCCGACUGGUGCGACGAGGUCUCCCGCAGCUCGAAGCGUUUCUCCGAGGCCGCACCGACUGCACAGAGGAAGCGGCCGCCGUGUCGGCUCUGAGCGCGCGAGCCCCCUCGCUUCUCGGAACUCUGCUCCAGCCCGCGGAGCCCGCGCCCCUCGCGCACGCGGACUUCUGGAGCGGGAACCUGCUGUUCCGGGAGCGGGACGGCACGUGCGAGUGCAUCGCCCUCGACUGGCAGAUGGUGUCCCUGGGGCGGCCUAUGGACGACGUCGCGCUGCUGCUCCUGUCGUCGCUCACGCCCGAGAUCAGAAGGAGCAUGGGCGACGCGUUGAUAGAGGAGUACGGCGAUAGGUUGGAGGCCGAGUGCGCGAGGCUGGGCUCCGCGUCGUCCGGGGCUACGGUGCGACGCGACUUGAAACCCGACUGGCCUCGAGCCGCCCUGCGAGCACUUCUGCUGUGCGCCGGAAGUGUGGACGUCGCGCUGGGGGAGCCGCGGGCCGAGCGGCGGCUGCUGGAGGCGGUCCGGGAUCUUCACGCGCAGGGCAUCCUAAACUUAAAGCCAGAUACUGAAACGUGAGUGCCAAGAGAAUAUUAGGUAUUAUAUUUAAAGUAUUCGAAAUUUACCGUUCAUCGAAUGAGUCGGAUCUGUUUAUAGUGCAGUCUACUGUUUAUUUGAUAGCGCAAAAUAGAGGUGUUCAUAUUAUGUUAUUUUACAAACUCGCGUAGUGGACAACGAUCGUUAAUAUGGAAACGCUCAACGACGCAUCGUUCAUCUUCUCGAGCGAAGCCUGAACAAAGACUGAAUAUUAACUUAACGAAAUCAUAUUCGCUAAACUUUACGUGUGAUUUCAAUAAAUAAUCGAAGACGGUGAUCGAGCCGUGUGGCAAUAGGUACUCGUCGUGGUCUAUUGACUAUUAUUUGAACAUGGAUUAUAUAAGUAUUAAUUGUAUCGAAA